AUCCAAAUGUAUAGCCUAGAUACCAUCACUAAAUAUGUCACAAGCCGUAAUAACAUCUCAGCUAUUUGAAAUAGGGAAGCACAUCAUACACUAUCAUAUAGUACGACUUUACAUUCUAUACAAUAAACUACAUGUUAUUAUACAAUAUCUGUAGGCAAUAAAAUGCAAAUACUGUAUAUAACAUCGGUGGAAUAUUAUAUAAUGUGGCCGUAUAAUCUACCUAUUGUUAUAACUCGAAAAGGAAUUUAUUAGCCAAGAAUCAGUUUUGCAUUGCAGUGAUUUCCCGAGAAGUGGUCAGUCAAUCCACAGGUCUACUGAACCCCCAACGCUGAUUUGUGGCUGAAACUGACUGGGUCACUUUCUUGUGUAGACCACUAACUAAAAACAGGACAAAAUUGUCACAGCAAGUUCAAUCACAAACCUUGGUAGGAUGGAUUAACCUCUAGAUUUGCCUGACUGGACACUCCAGGUGUCGGCAGCACCCAAUGUCCUUUCUACAUGAUGAGUGUGACCUGAGGAGGACUCUGGGUUUGUUAGACCGAACCGCUAACACUUCUGGACUCUUCCACCCAAGUUUCUCCCCCCGUUUGCCACUCGUACGGCACGGGGACUGACAUGAAGAAAGUGGCCCAGUGGUCAACGGAGGACGUGCGCCAGUGGCUGACAAAUGAGGGAAUGCAGGAAUACUCUGAGGCCUUCCUCCACCUGGAUGGCCAGGGCCUCCUGCAGCUCUCCAAGGCGGACUUCCAGACGGCCCCUCUGGUUCUUGUCACCUCGGACAGAGGCAGACAGCUUUUGGACAAGUUGGAGACUCUCAGAAUAGAGCACCACAUUGAAGCACAUAAAAAUGGGCAUGCCAACGGACACUCCAUCUUGACCGUCAUCAAUGAGGUAAAUGGGAACAAGCCCAAGAGUAACGGUCUGAUCAAUGGGUUUCACAAGGAACGGGUUCAGAUCCACAUGCCUGAGAUCAACCGCUCUCCGUUCCCUGAAGAGUGGGGGAAGACUGGCGUGGCUUGCAUCUACGCCAUGGUCUGCUUCGUCUGCACCACCAUCAUUAUCUCUGUGGUCCACGAACGCGUGCCUCCCAAAGAGGCUACUCCGCCCCUGCCAGACAAGUUCUUUGACUUUUUUGACCGAGUAGACUGGGCUUUUUCCAUAUGCGAAAUCAACGGCAUGAUACUGGUCGGCCUGUGGCUUCUACAGUUGACACUGUUAAAAUAUAGGUCCAUCGUUGGUCGACGUUUCUUCUUCAUCGUUGGCACACUGUACCUAUACAGGUGUAUCACCAUGUACAUAACCACACUCCCUGUGCCAGGAAUGCAUUUCAAGUGCUCUCCUAAGCUGUUUGGUGACUGGGAGUCCCAAAUGCGGCGAGUCAUGAAGAUGAUUGCAGGAGGAGGCCUCACCAUCACUGGCUCGCACCACAUGUGUGGGGACUACCUUUACAGUGGCCACACAGUCAUGCUGACACUCAGCUAUCUCUUCAUUAAAGAAUACUCUCCAAAACGGUUCUGGUGGUACCAUUUGAUCUGCUGGCUGCUAUGUGCUGUAGGCCUCUUCUGCAUUCUCUUGGCUCAUGACCACUACUCCAUAGAUGUGGUGGUGGCUUACUUUAUCACCACACGCCUAUUCUGGUGGUACCACACCAUGGCCAACCAGCAAGUGCUGAAGGAAUCAUCGCAGAGCAACUUUUUCUCAAGGGUGUGGUGGUACCGAAUCUUCCAGUACCUGGAACAGAAUGUCACAGGCAUCGUCCCUCGGAACUACCAGAUGCCGCUGUCAUGGCCACCGGCCCAAUGGAGUCAAGUGAAGUACAGCCGUGUUGACACACAGUGCCCGUGACAGCGGGAAGUGACCCCCCCCCCCCCCCCCCCCCAGGAGGACAUGAUGGUGGGUCUCUUAACGACCAUCUCCCUUUAACGUUCUCCUGUAACAUACACUCCAGUCCAACUGACUAGUACUGUGACAACCAUCGUUUCAGCCAAAACAUUUCACAUUGGAAAACAAUCAUUCUAUCCUCUCGAGGCUACUCUGAAAGUAAUGGUUUCCAGUGGGUGGAUCGCAAGCAUUUCAAAAGUGGGUCCAGAUCUAUUUCAACUCGCAACAGGAAAUCUAUAGUUAAAGGCUAAUAUCUCCCUCUGUAACCGGUUACUGAAAUGUUAUUAAAUAAACAUGUUUGUCACAGCGAUUGGGCUGUUCCGAAAGUUUGGUGUUAUCAUGCUCAGAUGUUUUACUAAGUUUUGGUUCAAAAUAGCUUUGAGAACUGACCUGUCGUGAAGCAGGAGGCGUUUUUUUUGUAGUGACUUACAUUUUUGUAGUUGUCUAAAAUAAGCUUGGCCAAGGUGUAAACUAUUUUCUAAGCAUAUAACAGGUUUAUUAUUCAAAUUAAUGCUUUAGAUUUUUACAGUUAGGAGACUAUAGCAAAAAGGAGAAAAUAAAUUAGUAACAAUAUUCCUCAGUGCCUUUCUUGUUGUGAUUGUACAGUAAGUGUAUCAGUGUCCUCAUUAAUGUUGACUUGAAUGACCGUUUUUAAAGUGCUACAUCAGUAUUUACACUUGAACAGAUAGGAGGGUGUUUAAAUGAACCUGAUGCUGAUCACCAAUUUACAGCAUAGACAGUUGAGCAAUUACGACUCCAUGACAUUUUCUCCCUGUUUCUGAAUGUAAAAAAUCAUGACAUUCUUUUAACCAUGUCAGUGUCUUUCCAAGUCGGUCAUGUUUGCUUAAAAAAAAGAACAUUUCAUAUUUUCCAUUGAUUUAUUUAUUACAUCGAUCAUUUCUUGUGUUUUUGCUUGGGAUAUUGGAUUCCCAUGUCAUUUCUUGCCUAUUAUGCCAAAUAGCUGCAUUGUUUGGGCUGUCCUUUGACCCAAAGGUUAGGUCAGUGUGAUGGAGAGGGAGGUUAAAAGCAAGGUUUUAUUGAGUGGUCCUGACAAUUUCUUUCUCAGCUUACUGAUGAUGACUGACCCAAAUGCCCCUCUCCUCAAUUUUAUAUGUGUACCUCAGAAGUGUCGUGUUAACCAACCAAUGAGAAGAGCUGAUUAUGGUGUAACCAUGGAAGAAAUUAAUCCAAAAGGAAAUAAAUAAUAUUUAGCACACCUUAA